AUGGUGUCAGCCCCGCCGGGAGGUGGCCGGAGCGCGGCCCUGGCACGGAGCGGGGCCUGGCACGCAGCGCUCUCCGCAACCGUGCCGGGACGGAGCAGUCCGAGCACGGAGCGGGGCCUGGGCACGCAGCGCUCUCCGCAGCCGUGCCGGGACGGAGCAGUCCGAGCACGGAGCGGGGCCUGGGCACGCAGCGCUCUCCGAGCCCUGCCGGGGACGGGACAGAGCAGGCACGGAGCGGGGCCUGGGCACGCAGCGCUCUCCGCAGCCGUGCCGGGAAUGGUGUCAGCCCCGCCGGGAGGUGGCCGGAGCGCGGCCCUGGCACGGAGCGGGGCCUGGGCACGGAGCGGGGCUUGGCACGCAGAGCUCUCCGCAGCCGUGCCGGGACGGAGCAGUCCGAGCACGGAGCGCGGCCUGGGCACGGAGCGCUCUCCGCAGCCGUGCCGGGACGGAGCAGUCCGAGCACGGAGCGGGGCCUGGCGCGGAGCGCUCUCCGCAGCCCUGCCGGGUGCAGGACGGAGCAGUCCGAGCACGGAGCGGGGCCUGGCGCGGAGCGCUCCCCGCAGCCGUGCCGUGUGCGGCACGGAGCGGUCCGGGCACGCUGCAGGCCCUGCUGCCGCCGCCCUCCGCCGAGUUCUCUGCCGCCGCCACGGCCGGGCCCCGCGCUCCUUACAAGGGCUCUCAGUCCGUGCUUGCAAGCGGCAGUGUCCCUCUGAGAGAGGGCAGAGCAGAAGAAAUGUCAUGCCUGUGUGGCGGCGCGGAGGAGGGCUUCUCUCCUGCACAAGAAAAGAGGACGAGCAGCGGUGAGACCUGAGAACGCCUCGCUCCCGGGGAUGGCGGGGACACAGCAGGCAGCUGGCAAGGAGGAUCAGAUACUCCGUCCUGCAUUCACCUCUGCAGCUCCCAGUCACUCAUCUCCUCAUAGCUGCAGUAGUGUGUCAUAUACAUUUGGGAUCUUUUUUGACUGACUUGAA